GGUUCCUGGCCGGGCUUGUCGGAGUUGGCGGCGGGCGGCUCCCCGGGUCGUCGGGGGACGCGGGGCCGGGACUCGGGGCGGCGGCGGCGGCGGGGCGCUCGCGGUCCUCGGGCGGCCGGGGCUCCGCUCCGAGGCGGGCAGCGGCUGCGGGCCGGGCCCGGGCGCGCGCGGCGGGCCGAGCAGGGAGGCCUCGCGGCCUAGGCCUCGGCGAGGCGGCGGGCUCGAGUGCGGCGCGGCGCCGGCGCGGGGGACGCGGAGGCCCGGCCCGGCCGGCCGACCGCCCACCGGCGCCAUGAGCGUGGAGGCGUACGGCCCCAGCUCGCAGACGCUCACCUUCCUGGACACGGAGGAGGCCGAGCUGCUGGGCGCCGACACGCAGGGCUCCGAGUUCGAGUUCACCGACUUCACCCUCCCGAGUCAGACGCAGACGCCCCCCGGAGGCCCCGGCGGCGCGGGAGGAGCGGGCGGCCCCGGCGGAGCGGGCGCGGGCGGCGCGGCCGGACAGCUGGAAGCGCAGGUCGGCCCUGAGGGCGUCUUGCACAAUGGCGCUGUGGACGACAGCGUGGCCAAGACCAGCCAGCUGCUGGCCGAGCUCAACUUCGAGGAGGACGAGGAGGACACGUACUACACCAAGGACCUGCCCGUGCAUGCCUGCAGUUACUGCGGCAUCCAUGACCCGGCCUGCGUGGUUUACUGCAACACCAGCAAGAAGUGGUUCUGCAACGGCCGCGGGAACACCUCCGGCAGCCACAUCGUGAACCACCUGGUGCGGGCCAAGUGUAAGGAGGUGACCCUGCACAAGGACGGGCCGCUCGGUGAGACGGUGCUCGAGUGCUACAACUGCGGCUGCCGCAACGUCUUCCUGCUGGGCUUCAUCCCGGCCAAGGCUGACUCGGUGGUGGUGCUGCUGUGCCGGCAGCCGUGCGCCAGCCAGAGCAGCCUGAAAGACAUCAACUGGGACAGCUCGCAGUGGCAGCCCCUCAUCCAGGACCGCUGCUUCCUGUCCUGGCUCGUCAAGAUCCCCUCGGAGCAGGAGCAGCUGCGGGCGCGCCAGAUCACGGCACAGCAGAUCAACAAGCUGGAGGAGCUGUGGAAGGAGAAUCCCUCGGCCACCUUGGAGGACCUGGAGAAGCCGGGUGUGGACGAGGAGCCGCAGCACGUGCUGCUGCGCUACGAGGAUGCCUACCAGUACCAGAACAUCUUCGGGCCGCUCGUCAAGCUGGAGGCCGACUACGACAAGAAGCUGAAGGAGUCCCAGACGCAGGACAACAUCACGGUGAGGUGGGACCUGGGCCUCAACAAGAAGCGGAUCGCCUACUUCACCCUGCCCAAGACCGACUCCGACAUGCGGCUCAUGCAGGGCGACGAGAUCUGCCUGCGCUACAAAGGCGACCUGGCGCCCCUCUGGAAGGGCAUCGGCCACGUCAUCAAGGUCCCUGACAACUUGACUCAGCGCCCAGAUUACGGCGACGAGAUCGCCAUCGAGCUGCGCAGCAGCGUGGGCGCGCCCGUGGAGGUGACGCACAACUUCCAGGUGGACUUCGUGUGGAAGUCCACUUCCUUCGACAGGAUGCAGAGCGCGCUGAAGACGUUCGCGGUGGACGAGACGUCCGUGUCGGGCUACAUCUACCACAAGCUGCUGGGCCACGAGGUGGAGGACGUGAUCGUGAAGUGCCAGCUGCCCAAGCGCUUCACGGCGCAGGGCCUCCCGGACCUCAACCACUCGCAGGUGUACGCCGUGAAGACGGUGCUGCAGCGGCCGCUCAGCCUCAUCCAGGGCCCGCCCGGCACUGGCAAGACGGUCACGUCGGCCACCAUCGUCUACCACCUGGCCCGCCAGGGCAAUGGGCCCGUGCUGGUGUGUGCCCCGAGCAACAUCGCCGUGGACCAGCUGACGGAGAAGAUCCACCAGACGGGCCUCAAGGUGGUGCGCCUGUGCGCCAAGAGCCGCGAGGCCAUCGACUCGCCCGUGUCCUUCCUGGCGCUGCACAACCAGAUCAGGAACAUGGACAGCAUGCCCGAGCUGCAGAAGCUGCAGCAGCUGAAGGACGAGACCGGGGAGCUGUCGUCGGCCGACGAGAAGCGCUACCGCGCCCUCAAGCGCACAGCCGAGCGCGAGCUGCUCAUGAAUGCUGACGUCAUCUGCUGCACCUGCGUGGGCGCCGGCGACCCCCGGCUGGCCAAGAUGCAGUUCCGCUCCAUCCUGAUUGACGAGAGCACGCAGGCCACGGAGCCCGAGUGCAUGGUGCCCGUGGUGCUCGGUGCCAAGCAGCUGAUCCUCGUGGGCGACCACUGCCAGCUGGGCCCGGUGGUGAUGUGCAAGAAGGCGGCCAAGGCCGGGCUCUCCCAGUCCCUGUUUGAGCGCCUGGUGGUGCUGGGCAUCCGGCCCAUCCGCCUGCAGGUGCAGUACCGGAUGCACCCCGCGCUCAGUGCCUUCCCGUCCAACAUCUUCUACGAGGGCUCGCUGCAGAACGGCGUCACCGCAGCUGACCGUGUGAAGAAGGGCUUUGACUUCCAGUGGCCACAACCGGACAAGCCCAUGUUCUUCUACGUGACCCAGGGCCAGGAGGAGAUCGCCAGCUCCGGCACCUCCUAUCUCAACAGGACGGAGGCGGCCAACGUGGAGAAGAUCACCACGAAGCUGCUGAAGGCGGGCGCCAAGCCGGACCAGAUUGGCAUCAUCACGCCCUACGAGGGCCAGCGCUCCUACCUGGUGCAGUACAUGCAGUUCAGUGGCUCGCUGCAUACCAAGCUCUACCAGGAGGUGGAGAUCGCGAGCGUGGACGCCUUCCAGGGUCGUGAGAAGGACUUCAUCAUCCUGUCGUGCGUGCGCGCCAACGAGCACCAGGGCAUUGGCUUCCUCAACGACCCGCGGCGCCUCAACGUGGCCCUGACAAGAGCCAGGUAUGGCGUGAUCAUCGUGGGCAACCCGAAGGCGCUGUCGAAGCAGCCGCUGUGGAACCACCUGCUCAACUACUACAAGGAGCAGAAGGUGCUGGUGGAGGGGCCGCUCAACAACCUGCGCGAGAGCCUCAUGCAGUUCAGCAAGCCGCGCAAGCUGGUCAACACCAUCAACCCGGGCGCCCGCUUCAUGAGCACGGCCAUGUAUGACGCCCGCGAAGCCAUCAUCCCCGGCUCCGUGUAUGACCGCAGCAGCCAGGGCCGGCCCUCCAACAUGUACUUCCAGACCCACGACCAGAUCGGCAUGAUCAGCGCGGGGCCCAGCCACGUGGCCGCCAUGAACAUCCCCAUCCCCUUCAACCUGGUCAUGCCGCCCAUGCCGCCGCCGGGCUACUUCGGGCAGGCCAACGGGCCGGCUGCAGGCCGGGGCACCCCCAAAGGCAAGGUCGGCCGUGGGGGACGCCAGAAGAACCGCUUUGGGCUGCCGGGGCCCAGCCAGCCCACCCUGCCCAGCAGCCAGGCGAGCCAGGAUGUGGCAUCGCAGCCCUUCUCGCAGGGCGCCCUCACGCAGGGCUACAUCUCCAUGAGCCAGCCCUCCCAGAUGAGCCAGCCCGGCCUCUCGCAGCCGGAGCUGUCCCAGGACAGUUACCUCGGUGACGAAUUUAAAUCUCAGAUCGAUGUGGCGCUGUCGCAAGACUCCACCUACCAGGGAGAGCGGGCCUACCAGCAUGGCGGGGUGACGGGGCUGUCCCAGUACUAGAAGGUGGCAGCGGAAGAGCUGAGCUCCGAGGCUUAGUGCAUCAGCGUCGUCUUCUGGGUAAUAAACAAUAAAAAUAAACGGA